CUUGUUUUUGACAAUUGAUCAUAACAUCUUUUAAAGUGUUUACAGUAUCUGUUAUCAGUCGUAGUCUUCCUAUAAUGCUUAAGUGUUCCAAGGAAGUUCCUCAUGCAACAACCUGGCCUCGUGUUGGGGAAUAUCAGAACUAAUCAUUUCAGCACCAUGGAGAGUUACGCAGGACUUUAUUUUGUAUGACUAUUUUUUCUCACCUUGUACGUUGAUCUAAAUAAUAAUCACAUUUUUAAUCUUGCUAGGAUAUUUUAGAUAGUAUUAGUAGUUUCGAUACGUCAGGGGUUUUUAUUAAUUUUGGUAUUUAUUUCAUUUCUUCCACUUAAUGCUGUGUCACUGCUCAGCAAUGAUUACUUUUCACGGAGCUUGUAAUAUUGAGGUUUGGACUCUUAGUGACGCUGUUGGCUCAUGGUUGUGUGACAAUUUACCGCAGACUCGUUGUUCCCCUCUCGAUCCGUUCGUGUUCAGAGAGAAAGACACCGAGCGACGGUUCAGUCUGGAUUACUCGCCCUUGAAGGACCGUUGUUGUUUGGCUCUGAAUUCUGGGAUUCACUUUCACUUGGAUUUUGGACUAAUUUGUGGGAAUUCUUCACCUUAAACGGCGUUUGUUUGAUUCCGUGAUGAUGGCGGACAGAACAAUGAGAGGAGAGGCUCUGCUGAUUUACUCGAUGCUUUCUCUCAGCGUCGUGUUCGCUCAGGUCAGCUACUCCAUUCCCGAGGAAAUGACUAAGGGUUCGCUUGUUGGCAAUAUUGUGAAGGACUUUGGCUUGGAUAUUAAGAGACUGAAGUCCGGUAAGGCGCGUAUAUUUACCACCGACAGUCACGAAUACAUCGAGCUGAACCGGGAGAGGGGCGUCCUCCUCAUCAGGGAGAGAAUAGACAGAGAGGCGCUUUGUGGAGAGACGACGCCGUGCGCGAUACAUUUUCAGAUCAUUCUAGAGAACCCGAUGGAGUUUUACGACGUAACAAUCGAGAUCACCGACGUCAAUGAUAACUCGCCACUUUUCAAUAAAAAUGAACUCAAAUUUCGUAUCAGCGAAUCCGCCGUCAGAGGAGCUAAAUUUAUGUUAGAACGCGCCAUUGAUCAUGAUGUCGGUUCAAACGGUUUACAGACGUAUAGACUGGAGCCCACUGAUAAUUUUGCAGUUAAAAUGCAGGAUCAGGCAGAUGGGACCAAAGCUGUAGAGAUGAUUUUAGACAAGGCACUGGACAGGGAACAUAUUGAACAAAUGUCUUUGGUUUUGACUGCACUUGACGGAGGUGAGCCGCAGAUGAGCGGAACAAUGCAGAUUCUAAUUACUGUUCUUGACGUAAAUGACAAUACUCCUGUAUUUACUGAAGCCCUUUACAAGGCAUCCCUGAAUGAAGAUGCUCCAGUGGGUACAGUUGUUGUGACGGUAACUGCAACAGACGCAGAUCAAGGAUCUAAUGGCAAGAUAACAUAUUCAUUAUCCAGUUUAUCAGAACACGCAAGGGGAAUAUUUGAGGUGAAUGAGGAGACUGGUGAAAUAAGUCUCAAAGGAAAAGUAGACUAUGAAAAAACUCGAACAUUCAAAUUUGAUGUUGGUGCAAGUGAUGAUGGAGGAUUAGUGGGGUCGUGCAAGGUCAUUAUUGAAGUCAAUGAUGUGAACGAUAACAAACCAAACAUCCAUAUAAUGUCUAAAUCAACCGUCAUAUCUGAAGAUGCCAAACCAGGUACUGUGGUGACAAUGAUAAAAAUACAGGAUGCUGACUCCAGUGAUAAUGGUAAAGUUCAGUGCAGCAUAGAUGCUAAUAUUCCUUUUGAGAUGAAGUCGACAAAUAAUGAUUUUUACAGUUUAGUAACGGAGGGAGAGUUAGACAGAGAGAGUGCAUCAGAGUACAACAUCAGUGUGAGCUGCUCUGAUGAGGGAGUGCCCUCCCUCUCCAGCAGCGUCACUGUCACCUUACAGAUCUCUGACGUCAAUGACAACCCUCCUGUCUUUGAGAGGAGCUCAUAUGAGGCCUACAUUGUAGAGAACAACACACCAGGUCUCUCUAUAUUCACAGUCAGAGCCACAGACGCUGACUGGAACCAGAACGCUCGGGUCUCUUACAUACUGGAGGACUCCUCUGUGAACGGAGUGUCCGUCUCCUCAUAUGUGUCCGUCAGUGCUGAUAGUGGAGUCGUCCAUGCUUUGCGCUCUUUUGACUACGAGCAGAUCAAGGACUUUGAGUUCCGGGUCAAAGCUCAGGAUGGAGGCUCCCCUCCUCUCAGCAGCAACGUGACUGUGAAAAUCCUGAUCCAGGACCAGAACGACAACCCUCCUCAGGUUCUGUAUCCGGUCCAGACUGGUGGCUCUCUGGUGGCUGAGAUGGUGCCUCGCUCAGCAGACGUGGGCUAUCUGGUCACUAAAGUGGUGGCUGUUGAUGUGGACUCUGGACAGAACGCCUGGCUCUCCUAUAAACUGCAGAGAGCCACAGACAGGCCGCUGUUCGAAGUGGGCUUACAGAAUGGAGAGAUCAGAACCAUCCGACAAGUCACCGAUAAAGAUGCUGUGAAACAAAGACUGAGCGUUACAGUGGAGGACAACGGACAGCCCUCUCGUUCAGCUACAGUCAUUGUGAACGUGGCGGUGGCCGACAGCUUCCCAGAAGUCAUGUCAGAGUUCACUGACUUUACACAGGACAAGGAGUACAACGACAACCUGACUUUUUACUUAGUGUUGGCUUUGGCUGUAGUUUCCUUCCUCUUCAUCACGUGUCUAGUGGUGAUUAUCUCAGUCAAGAUCUACAGAUGGAGACAGUCUCGCGUCCUGUAUCACUCCAAUCUCCCUGUGAUUCCAUAUUAUCCACCACGUUACUCAGACACUCUGGGGACAGGGACUCUCCAGCAUGUGUACAACUACGAGGUGUGCAGGACCACUGACUCCAGAAAGAGUGACUGUAAGUUCGGCAGAGCCGGUAGUCAGAACGUCCUGAUCAUGGACCCCAGUUCUACAGGGACGAUGCAGCGCAUGCAGAGUGACAAGAGCAUCCUGGAUGAACCAGACUCUCCUCUAGAGGUUAGACUUGUUUCUGAUAAUUGAU